AUGGGCAAGCUUACCAGCACGAUCGGUAUCCCGAUCAAGCUCCUCAACGAAGCGCAGGGCCAUGUUGUUACGCUCGAGAUCACAUCCGGUGUCGUUUACCGAGGAAAGCUACUUGAAGCCGAGGACAACAUGAACGUUCAGCUCAAGGAUAUUACCGUUACAGCUCGCGAUGGCCGUGUCUCGCACUUGGAUCAGGUUUACAUCCGUGGUAGCCACGUGCGAUUCUUCAUUGUGCCAGACAUGUUGAGGAAUGCUCCCAUGUUCCGCUCACGAGGCCAGCGUGGCCGCGGUGUCGGUCUUGCCCGUGGUAAGGCCACAGUCCAGCGCGCACGUGGCCAGCGGAGAGGUUGA